UUGCAGGGCGCCAGUCAGACCAUGACCACUCUGAAGAACCUGGUCCACAAAGGAGUCAAAGUGGAUUUGGGUCUGCCGUACGAGCUGUGGGACGAGCCCUCGGUGGAGGUGUCCGACAUGAAAAAACAGUGUGAGACGAUGCUCGAGCAGUACGAGGAGGUCGUGGAGGACUGGUACUUCCACCAUCAGGACCAGAGGCUGGAGACCUUCCUCUGUGAGACGCACGUCCUCAAGACGUCAGAACAAGAAUGUAUAAAGGAGACGUGGAAAGGAGACGUGGGAGUGAAAGGAGGAGCCAAAGAGGCGGCGAGCGCAGACGAGGAGGGAAAAACACACGACGCCGCAGAGCUGUGAGGAAACAAUCAUCAAGAUGACGAAUGCAGACGACAACAAAAUAACCUCAAUUUUAGCUUUGGGCUGCAAACUGCAAAAUAAUGCGUGUUUAGACACUUUAACCCCGAGCAAAUUAAAACGAUUUCUUUAUAAAAACAUGGAAAAAAUAAGCAACUUGGUAAAAGAGGU